AUGCCGCCAGCGAGCAGCGAAGCGCCGCGCGCGGCGCCGCGGUCUGCGGCCAAGACGCUGGGUGUCGGAGGUGUUGCAGGCUUUACGUCAUGCGUCCUCCUACAACCCUUCGACCUGCUCAAGACGCGCAUGCAGCAGGAGCAUAAAAAAGGGGUGCAGCGCUGGCACGAAAGUCGCACGCAGCGCCUCGUGCGCAGCUUCCGCACGGUCGUCCGGGAGGAAGGAUGGCGCGGUCUAUGGCGCGGAACGGUGCCGACCGUCGUGCGCAAUGUCCCGGGCGUUGCGGCGUACUUUUACACGAUCCACGAGCUGCGGUGGCUCGUCGCCGCAUGGCAGGUACCCGGCCUCUCGGUCCACGGAGCGACGCACGCCGCGCAGAACCAGGGCAGCUCGACGCUCGCACGCCUCUCGACGACCGGCAACCUCGCGACGGGCGCAGUGGCGCGCGUCGCGAUUGGCUUUGUGCUCAACCCCAUCACGAUCGUCAAAGCACGGUUCGAGUCGUCGAAUUACUCGCGCGAGUCAUACCCCACGAUCCUCUCCUCGCUGCGAUCGAUUUACCGCGACGGUGGCAUGCGCGGCUUCUUCCGUGGCUUUUCCGCAACGGCGCUGCGCGACGCGCCGUACGCCGGCCUCUAUCUCGCGUUGUACGAGCAGCAAAAGCAGAUGCUCGGCCGCCUCGCCACGCGCGACCGCUCUGGGAAUGCGUGGGUGGUGAGCGCGAGCGGCUUGGUGGCUGGUACGCUCGCGACCGUCCUCACGCACCCUUUUGAUAUCCUGAAAACACGAAUGCAGACCACGCCGAGCGCCAUGCUGGGCGUCUCGGAAAAGGGGGCGGGCGUGGUGGCGACCGCGCGACAUGUGCUUGCCACCGAUGGCGUCCGUGCGUUUGCCGACGGGCUCGGCCUGCGCUGUGCACGCAAAGCAGCUAGUGGUAUGAUUGGAUGGUCGAUUUUCGAGCUAGGAAGUCGUUACUUCAAUCCAUAG